UGGACCCUACAAAUAUUAGCGACCAUCAGGUGGCGCAAACGAAUAGACGUGACGAAUUCUGAAAGAAUUAAAGAGGUUUAUUUAUUUACAUCAUAAACGAGCAGCCCCGCAGGAGAAUGUAAACGCGUCCUGUCCAUCCUCCUUCUCUUCCUCACCACCUUCAUCAUCAUCAUCAGUCCAGAGAGACCCGCGCUUAUUAUUAUUAAAGCUCAGGUUCGCUCCACUCAUCAUCGGCUGGACUUAAUGAGUUAGUCUGUGAUUAAAGAGCCUGUGUGCUGCUGAUGAGCUCGGCUGGAUUUCUACCUCUUCACCGCUCUGCCCUUAAGAUGGAGUUUGUGGAGAGAAAGCGGAGCAGGAAAUCGCAGAGCUUUAAACUGGUGAAUGAUGCAGAUUUUAUCCAUGAAAUGGAUGAUGUAGACCAGAAUGACACUGAAGGAGAUGCCUUGGAUGCCUCUGAGACUGAAGUCUGGUUAGGUGAUGAAGGGAUGGAGAUAAAGAAACAGAUAACAGGCAUGAUGCGCUUGCUGGGUGACAAGACAGGACGAGUGUACCAGCGCGUUGGACGAGAGGGUGAGACCCUCAAACAGGAGCCUCAGGAGGAGCCUGUGGCUCAGAGCCCAGCCCCUGAACAUCUCCAGAGUGGCUGGAGCUCAGUCCUCAUGGCUCACGGGCAGUACAGCACCCGCUCCAAAACCCAGAGAAUGCUCAACCACUCGAAAACUAAUGGUGGAGACUUUAUUACAGUACCUUCAGAAGACAUGGCCUUGCCCCCUGCGCCUGCUGCCAUGGCAACUGAGCCCAGCUGCUGUAUGUGCAACUGCAAGUGCACCCUGCAAGCCAUUCUGCUGGAGUUACGUACCAUGAGGAAACUAAUCCAAACUCAGAGAGGAUCUCAGGACAAACAGGGCUCCCAGGUCUCGCUCUCAUCCCGAACCUCCAUCUCCAGGAGGAGGAGCCGAAAGAGGAGGCAAGGUCACAGAGUGACAGUUCUGGCCACGCCCACUAAAAGAACCACACCUCCGCCGCCACCCACUGAGGCUGAGGCUGAUGCUGUUAAUGAGUGUAAUCAGUCUAGAGAGCGCACGCCACCAACAAUGACAACAUUUACCCCAGAUCUUAUUCCCAACUCCAAGACUCCUCCCUCUCACUACAGCGAUACCAGAGGCCAAAGCACCACAGAGCCGGAGGUGCAGUUGGCCGAGGAUUAUGAGGUAUUUAUUCCUAAAGCACAGUUGGACUCUAUCUUACUGAACUACACUCGCUCUGGCAGCCUGCUCUUCAGGAAACUGGUGUGUGCGUUCUUUGAUGAUACCACACUGGCAAACUCACUGCCCAACGGCAAGAGGAAGAGAGGUCUGAACGACACCAGGAAAGGACUCGAUCAAAACAUAGUCGGAGCCAUUAAAGUGUUCACAGAAAAGUAUUGCACAGCCAAUGGAAUCGAGAAGCUUCCUGGCCCCAGAGACUGGGUCCAGAUUCUGCAAGACCAGAUUAAACUUGCCCGGCGACGCUUAAAAAGAGCAGAGACAACCUCAGACAGUAAUGAUAUUCAGCACAAAACAGAGAAAUGUCAGCAAACUGUUGAUAAAGUGGAAACUGUGAGACAAAAAGGUGCUGCUUAUGAGAGAACAGAAUGUCUAGUUGCUAUGGAGACUGCCUGAGAAGAGAUUGUUUUCAACAAAAUGCAACCUCCGACCUCCGUAAAGGAGUCAUUUUAAUUGUUUUGUCUGUAAGCAUGUAUGGAGACACACGGCUCUGAAAUUCUCAAGGUCAGGUUUCCUUCCUUGUCUGGAAGGAAAUGACAACAUUUUGCUGAUCAACUGGCAACUAUGGACACACUUUUAUAACACAAGUACUCUCAUUUGAUCAUUUUAAAGUGGGUUUUCCAUGUCCCACUAGUUGUCUUCUAUGAAUAUAUGUGACCCUGGAGCACAAAACCAGUCUUGUCACUGGGGUAUAAUUUUAGCAAUAUGUCAAAAUGAUCCGUUUUCUUUUAUGCCAAAAAUCAUUAGGAUAUUAAUUAAAGAUCGUGUUUCAUGAAGAUAUUCUGUAUAUUUCCUACUGUAAAUAUAUCAAAACUUAAUUUCUGUGUACUAAUAUGCAUUACUAAGAACUUCAUUUGGACAACUUCAAAAGCAAUUUUCUCAGUAUUUAGAUUUUUUUUUUGCACUUAAAGAUUUUCAAAUAGUUGUAUCUCAGCAAAAUAUUGUCAUAUCCUACCAGAUAACCCAUACAUCAAUGGAAAGCUUAUUUAUUCAUGAUGUAUAAAUCUUUUUUUUUUUUUUUAAAUGACCCUUAUGACUGGUUUUGUGCCCCAGGGACACAUAUGGAAGUGUUUGUAGGUUUUCAGCUUCACCAACAAAUAUCAUCAGCAGAACUGCUGAGAAAACAUGACUGUGCCUUUAAUUCACUCUCCCAUGCCAUGCAACAAACUGAUGUCAUUUCACAACUGUGCUGUUCAUUGACACUUUCUACUGAAAUAUGUGACAUUUUCUAUAUGAAUAGUAUUUAAUGUAACAUAGUCUUACUAAUGUGUUGUUGGUAAUAUAAUCUGUCAGACUGGUUAUGUAGACAUGUAACUGUUUGACUUCCUGUGUAAGAGGAUUUAGUGUCUAUUGUAUGUGAAUAUGAGCAUUGUCCUGUGUCAAAAAAAGGUUUUUACCUCACGGUCAAAUGCUUGAAUAACUAUUCAUGGUAAUAUUCGGGUUAAAAAGAAGUUAAGCUUUUUAGACAGCGAUUUCUUGUCUCAGUGUGUAAAAGCAUUCCUAAAAAUGCACAUACGGAAAUGCACUUAUAUUGUACACCUGCCCCAUAGACUUCCACUGAAAGUGUAGAACUGAAACUCAAACUAUGUUUGCUUUUAUGAACUGAGAUAUGAGUCAGAAUGAAUGAAUGCUGCUGAUAGAGCUUAACCAUUCCUUUAAGAGAACAGAUAUUGUGUCUGGGCCUCCGUUUUAAUAUUCCUAUUUUAAAAAACCUCAACUUUAUGUUUAUUAGUGGAAAGUUGUUUGGUCUGAGAUGUCAAAUAAAUAUGGCUGUGUCUUACACGGUUGACCAAAAAAACUCA